UAGAGGGUGGGUAUGGGGCCAGAGAGGAGUACGCCUUGCAGGAAAGUAGACUGGAAGUGUCCACUCAAAGCUAUUGCUGGUACAAGGGCAGCCACUUCGUUCACUCAAGGCCGGUUUAGAGCGGUUGCUACCUGCUGGGGGGCCCCACCCUGGUAUGUGCCUCUCCCCACCUUUUCCCCUGAAGCCAAAAGCUUGUGAGCAGGGGGAGGGUGGGCCUGGAAAGGCUCUGUGCAAAUUGUAGCUGGGAGCCUCUGGGCAAAAGCUGAGCGAAAGGGAGAGGCGGCUGGCCUAAAAUUUAGGUGGGCGGGAAGAGCCUGUGACGGAGCUGUGACCGCUGCACAGGCCAGAGACCCGGGAGUCCUCCUCACCCCAGGGUUGGGGGCCGAACCUGCUGAGCCGGGCCGCCCCCUCUCCACACCCACUCCCAGCACCUGGCCCGACCUAUCGGCUGGCGGCUACGCCUCCUUUACCUUACAGUCUUGCCUCCGGUCGCACCCUGCGCGGGCCCAGUACUCGGCCGUCAGCGGGAACUGCCAGGCUCUGGAGGGCGCCCCGGAAACCAUGGAAGUCCUCGUCCUAGCCGGAUACCGCGCGCAGAAGGAGGACGAGCUGAGUCUGGCGCCCGGGGAUGUGGUCCGGCAGGUGCGCUGGGUGCCCGCGCGGGGCUGGCUUCGCGGAGAACUUGGGGGCCGCUAUGGCCUCUUCCCCGAGCGCCUGGUGCAGGAGAUCCCAGACACCCUGCGGGGCUUCGGAGAGGCGCGGAGGCCGCGCUGUGCGCGCCGCCGAGGUCAUCCUGCCAAACACCCAUGGCCCCAAAGAUGGUGCAAAGUGAACUUCAACUACAGCCCAGAGCAGGCGGACGAGCUGAAGCUGCAAGUUGGGGAGAUCGUGGAAAUGAUAAAGGAGAUUGAGGACGGCUGGUGGCUGGGAAAGAAGAACGGGCAGCUGGGAGCCUUCCCAUCCAACUUUGUGGAAUUGCUGGACAGUGGGCCCCCAAGCCUUGGUAACCCAGACAUGCCUUUAGUCAGCCCUGGUCCCCAGCAGCCUCCCAAGCUGAGCAGCCUGGCCUGUGACAGCCCUCCAGACUACCUGCAGACAGUCUCCCACCCUGAGGCCUACAGGGUCCUGUUUGACUACCAGCCUGAGGCCCCAGACGAGUUGGCGCUGCGGAGGGGAGACGUGGUGAAAGUACUCAGCAAGACCACAGAGGAUAAGGGCUGGUGGGAAGGAGAGUGUCAAGGACGAAGAGGAGUUUUUCCAGACAACUUCGUACUCCCACCACCCCCAAUCAAGAAGCUGGUCCCACGGAAAGUGGUAUCUCGGGAAUCAGCUCCUAUUAAGGAACCAAAAAAGUUGAUGCCCAGAACAUCCCUCCCCACAGUCAAGAAGCUAGCGACAGCCACCACUGGGCCCAGCAAAGCCAAGACAUCUCGGACACCCAGCAGGGACAGUCAGAAGCUCACCUCCCAAGACUCAGGCCCCAAUGGUGGCUUCCAAAGUGGGGGUUCGUGUCACCCUGGCCGAAAGCGAUCCAAAACCCAGACUCCCCAGCAACGCUCUGUGUCCAGUCAGGAGGAAGAGCACAGCAGCCCGGCAAAGGCCCCCUCUGUGAAGAGAACCCCCAUGCUGGACAAGACUGCCAACCCAGAGAGGCCCCCAGCUCCAGAGAACACCCCCAGCUCCAAGAAGAUCCCGGCUCCUGACAAAGUCCCCUCCCCACAGAAGACCCUCACUCUAGGGGACAAGCCCUCUGUCCCAGGGAACUCCACCUCAGGGAAGAUCCCAGCUCCUGACAAAGUCCCCACCCCAGAGAAGAUGGUGACUCCGGAGGACAAGGCCUCUAUCCCAGGGAACUCCACGAUCCCAGAGGAGACCCUGACUGUGGACAAACCCUCCACUCCAGAGAGGGUCAUUUCAGUGGAAGAGGCCCCUGCCCUAGAAGUCCCACGUAUGGAUAAAGUCCCUGAUCCAAAGAUGGCCCCUCUGGGGGAUGAGGCCCCCACCCUAGAAAAGGUCUUGACCCCAGAGCUUUCUGAAGAAGAGGUGUCCACCAGAGAUGACAUUCAAUUCCAUCACUUCUCUUCGGAGGAAGCCCUGCAGAAGGUCAAGUACUUUGUAGCCAAAGAGGAUCCAUCAUCCCAGGAGGAGGCCCACACGCCAGAGGCACCUCCACCCCAGCCUCCUUCCUCAGAGAGGUGCCUGGGAGAGAUGAAAUGUCCCCCAGUUAGAGGGGACAGCUCCCCACGCCAGGCUGCGUUGAAGUCUGGGCCAGCGUCCAGGCCUGCCCUUGAGAAGCCCCACCCCCACGAAGAGGCUACAACCCUUCUAGAGGAGGCACCUUCCAAAGACGAGAGGACCCCUGAAGAGGAGGCGCCCCCCAACGAGGAGAGGCCUCUGAGAGAGGAGGUGCUCCCCAAAGAGGGUGUGGCUUCCAAAGAGGAGGUGACCCCGAAAGAGGAAUUACCCCCUAAAGAGGAAGUGGCUCCAAAAGAGGAGGUGCCCCCUAUAGAAAGAGCCUUUGCCCAAAAAACACGUCCUAUCCAGCCGCCUCCAAACUCCCAAGAGACGCUCACGCUCCCCUCCCUGGUCCCGCAAAACUACACGGAAAACAAGAAUGAGGGAGUCGAUGUAACGUCGCUGAGGGGCGAAGUGGAGUCUCUAAGGAGGGCGCUGGAGCUGAUGGGGGUGCAGCUGGAGAGGAAGCUGACCGACAUCUGGGAGGAGCUGAAGAGCGAGAAGGAGCAGCGCCGGCGGCUGGAGGUCCAGGUGAUGCAGGGGACCCAGAAGUCCCAGACCCCGCGUAUCAUCCACACGCAGACGCAGACCUACUGAGGGUGGGCCUGGGAAGGGACUGCGGCCCGACCUGGCUGGGGCCACCCACGUCCUUGCACACGACUUUGGGAAACGGGAGAAAGUAAACGCUGCCUAGCACGGCG